AUGGCGAACCCCGGUUCUCUGGCCCCUGCCAUGAGGCCUCCCAGGCCCCGGACGCAGUGGGCCCUGUGGGUGCAGAGAGCUGCCCGCAGCAGGGCUGGCACGGACGGCCGUGGUACCCCUGGACCCGCCUCCCGCACAGUGCCAGGCGCAGAAGCCGUUGUCCUGUGGUUGCUGUUGCAGCGUCAGCCAGGGCUGCGGUCUCCUCUGAAGGCUGAGGGUGGAAUCAUUUUCAAGCUCACCUACGUGAUGCUGGCGGACUCGUUGUUCUCCAUCGUGGUGUUCGGCUCCAUCGUGAACGAGGGCUACCUCAACAGCCCCUCGGAGGGCGAGGAGUUCUGCAUCUACAACCGCAACCCCAACGCCUGCAGCUACGGCGUGGUGGUGGGCGUGCUCGCCUUCCUCACCUGCCUGCUCUACCUGGCCCUGGACGUGUACUUUCCGCAGAUCAGCAGCGUGAAGGACCGCAAGAAGGCUGUGCUGUCGGACGUCGGUGUCUCGGCCGUCUGGGCCUUCCUCUGGUUCGUGGGCUUCUGCUACCUGGCCAACCAGUGGCAGGUCUCCAAGCCUAAGGACAACCCACUGAACGAAGGGACGGACGCGGCCCGGGCCGCCAUCGCCUUCUCCUUCUUUUCCAUCUUCACGUGGGCGGGCCAGGCUAUGCUGGCCUUCCAGCGGUACCAGAUUGGCGCCGACUCGGCCCUCUUCUCCCAGGACUACAUGGACCCCAGCCAGGACUCCAGCAUGCCUUACGCCCCCUACGUGGAGCCCAGCGCCGGGCCUGACCCCGCCGGCAUGGGCGGCACCUACCAGCAGCCGGCCAACGCCUUCGAUGCCGAGCCCCAGGGCUACCAGUCGCAGGGCUACUGAGCCGCAGUGACCGCCUGCCCCCCGCCUGCCCCAGCCGCCCCUGCCCCCUCCCUCCAUACCUAGCCCCCUGCUCCCUCCCUGGCUGCCCUGCCCAGCACCUCAUCAGCCUCCGGGUUCCACAGAGGUCCAGGGCAGCUCGGGGUGGGAUGGGGCAGUAAGGUGGUGGGGGGUCAACAUGUGUGUGCAAUUGUGUCCAGCAGGGGCCUGGGGGGUUUGCAUUCAUUCACUGUGUCAUUGAGCAUUCAUUGAGCGCUUACUGUGUGCCAGGCCUGUGCUCGGCUUGGGUGGUGAAAGAGAAAUGGUCCCUGGAAAGGGAGAAGUCAGGAUGUGGAGGAGGCCCUGUUGGUACCAGAGCUGGGGGUGGUGGGAAAGAUGGAGGGGGAUGAUGCCGGGAAGGUUUGGCUGCAGGGUGAGUGUGAACCCCCACAGGACACUGGGGGCUGUCCCCUGCUGGAGUGGCACAGCAGCCCUGCAGGAGUGUUGGGGCUGUCUCCAUUCUAUGGUUGAGGAAACUGAGGCCUGGAGAGGUCAAGGUCACUCACCCAAGGUCACUCAGGCGGCCAGUGGUGGAGGUGGGGC